AUGAAGCAUCCCAAGAGCCCUGACCCCAUGGACGAGAGCCCUCCUGCCAAAGGCGAGGCCAAGGAGGAGGUGGAGGAGGAGGUGGAGGAAGAGGAGGAGGUGAGGAAGAGCUCGGCGGGACACAGGGCCAAGCGAGAGCGCCGUCCCGGAGGCAGCAGCAGCGCCACCAUGUGUCAAGUCUGUAACAUCCAGCUCAACUCCAGCGCUCAGGCCCAAAUCCACUACCGCGGCAAGACGCACCAGAGGCGGCUGCGGCGGCUCGCCAAAGUGGUCAGCGCAGGUAUGACCGACGCCCGGCUCCCUCUGCUGCUUCAGAAGAGGCUAGUCCCACCGCGGCCAGGUAGAUGUAACCAUAGCAACGCCUCGGUGUACUCUGCAGAGGAAGAGAUAUACACACAGGCAUAA